ACACCGUCUCCUCAGCUGAUUGAUAGAAGCUGCUGGUAAGAGGAGCCCCCGUAUUCAGCUGCACACGAUCAGAGACCUAACAUGAAUGUGGCGCAUCUUGCUCUCACAGCCGCGCUUUUGGCUGCGAAUAGCGGCUUCGGUUACUCCAGCAGCCUCCCUUCAUUCAUCCUGCCGUUCACUGACUGCGUGCAGAGCCGUGGGAAAGACGGCUUCUACCGGGGAGCGAUAGACGUCACCGAGUCCGGCACCCGGUGCAUGAACUGGACCGAAGUGGCCGGCUUCAAGGAGCGCUACCCGGGGAAAGGAAUAGGAGAGCACAAUCACUGCCGCAACCCGGACGGCAGGAUCCGACCCUGGUGCUUUUUCAUGAACCACAGAGGCAGAGUGGACUGGGGGUACUGCGACUGUAAACAAGGUUCUGUGCGCCUGCAAGGAGGCCGCUCCAAGCUUGAUGGCAGGGUGGAAGUCUAUCUGGGAGGAGUGUGGGGGUCGGUCUGUAGCGAUGAGUGGGGGGACGAAGACGCUGCAGUGGUUUGCAGACAGCUGGGCAAGGGGAUCUCAGGUAGUGCACGUGCAGUUCCUCUGUUUCGUCCGGGGAUGGCUAAGCUCCAUUGGAGGGCGGUCCAUUGUCAGGGAGAGGAGCCAGACCUGCUCCAGUGUCCUAAGACUACCUGGAAUGGAGGGGAGUGUUCUCUGGCUGCAGCCAUCACCUGCACCCAGCAGCCAGAGAUAGCUGCGCUCCCUAUACGGCUUAUGGGAGGUCGAUCACGAUCAGAGGGCACAGUCGAGGUCUUCCAUGCAGGGCAGUGGGGUUCCAUAUGUGACGACCAAUGGGAUGACAGUGAUGCAGAGGUUGUGUGUCGACAACUAGGGCUGAGCGGUGUGGCGAGGGCAUGGGGCCAGGCACAUUUUGGCAAGGGUUCAAGCCGUGUGUGGCUGGAUGAGGUGCGGUGCACAGGCAAUGAGCUCACUCUGGAGCAGUGUCCAAAAAGUGCUUGGGGGGAACACAACUGUCUGCACUCUGAGGAUGCAGGAGUGUCCUGCAACCCUCUCACAGAUGGUACUGUUAGGUUGGUAGGGGGUGUAGGCAGUCAUGAGGGACGUUUAGAAGUCUUCUACCGUGGUCAGUGGGGAACAGUGUGUGAUGACGGCUGGAUAGACUCUAACACUCAAGUGGUGUGCCGACAACUUGGUUACAGAUUAGGUGAGACUCUGCUUUUUGAAGGACUAGACAUCACUCCAGUCCCACGGUUCGGGGUGGGGUCAGGUCCCAUUCUUUUGGAUGAUGUGAGUUGCACAGGGAAAGAGCCUAGCCUAUUGCUGUGCAACAGGAGGGAGUGGCUCCGCCAUGACUGCACACACCAUGAAGAUGUUAACAUCGCAUGCAGCCCUGAGCGUCAUGGAGAAAGUCUUCCAACCAGUUUGCCACUAAGGCUUGUGGGAGGAGAGAGCCCUAGGGAAGGCCGGGUGGAGCUCUAUCUGUCUGGACAAUGGGGGACUGUGUGUGAUGACGGAUGGACUGAUCGUGACGCUGAGGUGGUGUGCCGACAGUUGGGAUACAGUGGGGUGGCGAAGUCCCGUGUGAUGGCGUACUUCGGGGAAGGGACAGGACCUAUCCACGUGGACAAUGUGAAGUGCAGUGGCGAGGAGCGUUCGUUAGCUGACUGCAUCAAACAGGCGCCCGGCACGCACAACUGUCGCCACAGUGAGGACGCUGGGGUCAUCUGUGACUACGGUGAAUCGCAGCCCAUCUACAAAGAGGUCAAAGGUCAGUCAGACCCUGUCAAGUCAAUUUGUGGUCUGCGGCUCAAACACACUCGCCAGCGAAGAAUCAUAGGAGGAGAAAACUCUCUGAGGGGUGGCUGGCCAUGGCAAGCUGCGAUUCGUUUGCGAGGAUCUCGAGGAGACGGAAGAUUGGUGUGUGGAGCGACUCUCAUUGACACCUGCUGGGUCCUCACCUCGGCACACUGCUUCAAGAGGUAUGGAAACAGCACCAAGCAGUACAAAGUUAGAGUGGGCGACUACCACUCCCUCGUCCCUGAGGAAUAUGAAGAGGAGUACGCCGUUGAGCAGAUUGUCCUCCACCCAAGCUACCACUCCCAUAGCAAUGAUUACGACCUAGCCUUGGUUCAUCUGUCACCGGGGGCAGUGGGCCAGAUGCCGGGAGAGUGUGUGUCAUUUAGCCGUCAUGUUCUUCCCGCCUGUCUGCCCAUGAAGAAAGAGAGAGUGCUCAAACAAGCCAGCAACUGUCACAUUACCGGCUGGGGUGACACAGGCCGCUCAUACUCCAAGACCCUACAGCAGGCGCCGCUCUCUUUACUUCCCCGUCGUCACUGCCAGCAGCAUUUCCAUGGUGCCUUCACAAGCCGCAUGCUCUGUGCUGGCAGCAUCCAGCCAGAGAGGCGUGUGGACAGUUGCCGUGGCGACAGUGGAGGUCCCUUGGUGUGUGAGCGUCCGGGAGGGGGUUGGGUGGUUUACGGGGUCACGUCCUGGGGCCAUGCAUGCCGGACGCAACAGUCCCCUGGGGUCUACACCAAAGUCUCUGCCUUCAGCUCCUGGAUACGCAAGGUGAUUGGACGCAGCGACAGAAAAGAAAAAAGGCGAUAAAAGGUGAAUGAUGAAAGAUAUGACCUUUUGAUCAGGAAGAAUGACUCUGAAAAGACUUACUUGGUCAGGUGACAACUGAUGAAUAACUGAUGUCCUUGUACUGUGACCUGAUUAUCCAGUGAUGUAAGUUAUAACCUGACUUUUAAAUGAAGAGGACAAGGCGACGCUGGCCUUUUUCUCCUCUAGAAACGUUUUAUAUUUUUAGGAGAGAUGAAGGCAUGUCUUUUCUCUCAUCUAAGUCAUUAGCACUUAUUUUAAUGAUUUAAUAUUCUCAUGAAUGGCAAGAUAUCGGAUGAUGUUAAAUCUCAACUCAAGAAAAUGCCAUAACUUAAAUAUAUUUUUGUUGUUUCUUGUGAUAUUUCAUACUACACUAAAAUGUCUUCUCAAAAUAAUGUUUUCUGUGCUUGCUUUUGUUAUAUUGUAAUUUAUGAUAUGAAAUGUGUGAUUAAACAUGUUUUAAAAGGGACCACAGUGUGAAAACCAAUGUACAGUAUAAAUGCAUGCAGUCAUGCAGACACAGUAGGUAAUGGCAUGAAAGGAAUUUGCAGACUUGCACUACGACCCCCCCCAGGUACUUAAUGCAUGAUAUUCAAGCACUCAAGUCAUAUUGACAUUUGCCAAAGUUAAAUAUGUCUUUUAACCUCAUUUCAUUCUUGUUGUCAUGUAAUUUUCUCCAUUGUGCUUUUUGUUCUAGUGUGUAAAAAGCAGAUUUCAGGUCUUAUUACUUACUCAGGCAUUUAUAAUUUAUAUCCAGUCAGUAUUUGUCUUUGACUCAGUGCUGCUUGACAUUUGCAGAGAAAGGAGGAGACUGAAGUGUUUGUGAAUCAAAGCACAUAACAAUGUUGAUUUGUCAUAUCAACACUGUUAAUUCAUUUUCUUUUGUUCUAGUGGGGCAAUUUAGUGUUGUCACCACUGAAGGGAGACAAUCUGGUACACUUGAAAAAAACAGACACAACAAUGCCUUCUUAUUUGGUGUUUACUGACUGACGUGUUUUAAUGUACUGUAACAUUUCUUCAUAAACGUACCUUUUGUAAAAA